UAAGAAUUAUGGAGGUGAUCAAGAAACCUAACAAAGACUUAUUCAUGAGCGAGUCAGGAGAAGGAGAGAAAAGCAUCGAGGAGGUCAAGACUAUCACGAAGGUUAUAUUCAACGAGAAGGAUGAAGUAUUUGAAGGUUCUCCAAGGAUGAAUAAACAACGACUUCCUGACCCUCAAGAUUUGGUGGUCACCAAUUCUCAAUCUCCCAGAAAUCUCACAGAGAUCAAAGUAAAACCACAUAAGAAAUCUAAAAGGUCUAAACAGAGAACUUCAGAUUACAAUGAGUAUUCCGGUUCUUUGCCUUUAUAUAAAUAAGCUAUUUCUCAAAGUAAACUUGCCUGAGAUAUCCAAGAAAUGUCGAAAACCAGGCAUGAUAAGCUCUCCGCCAAAGAUAUUGGACGAAUUCACCCAUCGGCAUUACCUUGAAACUAAGGCUAGGUCAAUUUUGAACAAAGCGACACCAGAUAUUCUUCCAGGAAGUUUAUUCAAGCCGACUGCUUACAAGUCUGGGUUUGAGUUUGCCUCCCAGUCUCAAAAGAAUAGGUACAUGAAGAUAGUGAAGGAGCUACAAAUAAUGAAGACUAAACUGGUGACGAACCCUAUGAACAAAAUGGAUACUACCAAAGGCUUCCUAUUGCUCCAUACUAGGUUUAACCCUAGUGAAGAACAGAUAGAGAAGUUUAUCAGCUUCUUAAUGGAAGACAGGGUCAUCCCAUCAAACAUGAACUUUACUGACACCCUUUUCUACAUGAUGACGUAUGAAAAGAACUUUGAUCUUGCUCAAACAGAUGGGUAUAGAGUAAAACAAGAGAAUUCAUCCAGUCUUAGUAUGCUGAAGAAUGCACCCCAGCUCAAAGAGAGAUCAGGACUGAACACUCAUCAGCAAUCUGAUGCUUAUUUUAAAAGUAGGAAUGGCUGCAUCACGUCGCUAGAGCGGAAGCCACAGAGAAAAUUACUCGCUACACUUGGAUCUCCAAGACAUCAAUUAAGCGGAAGUCCUCUGAGAGAAUUUCAAAAAUAUCAGAAAUUCAAGACGAUCGAUAAAGAUGAUGAAAUCGAGAAGUAUAUGGGCGAGUAUAUUGGCACUAGAGGAAGUUUAACAAACAGACCCUCUGCCCGUACAAACCCUUCAAAUUUCACUCAUCUCCAAAAGAACCCCUCCAACACCUCCUGCCUCAGCGAGAAACCCCAAGAAAUCUGGGAAAUGGUGACUCAAGACCACAUCCCCCACACAAAAGUGGACAAAAUCUCCCAACAAAAACUCGUCCUAGAAUACAUCAUCCAAUCCAGGAGCAAAGCCAAGGCCCAAAAGAAACAACUCAUCGAAGACCGCAACACCAUAUUAUCCACUGACUAA